AUGCAGAUUAGCUUCCAGUCAAGCCUCCUGCUGGCUCUAACGGCCAUUCCCUUAACGGAUGUAACUUCCGCAGAGAAGAUCCUCGGAGCUUAUAUCUUUGCUCGUCAUGGUGAUCGCACCCCCAAAGUGCUGGGAAACACUCAGCUCACCGACCUUGGCUAUAGUGAGGUCUACCAGGCUGGUAGCUACUACCACAGUCGAUACAUUAACUCGACAUCCUCGCAGCACAUUGAGGGCAUCAGUGAUACAGUUGUCAAUCUGAAACAGAUCACCGCCACGGUGCCUUCAGAUACGGUUCUGCAGAACUCAGGAAUUGGUUUCCUGCAGGGUCUCUACCCGCCCGUUGGCAAAGCCGCUAACCAGACCCUGGCCAACAGAACAACUAUUGAGACGCCCUUGGAUGGCUACCAGCUCAUACCCCUGAACCUCAUCUCAAAUGGAAGACACAGUGAAGAUGACUCCUGGCUGCAGGAUUCGACUGACUGCUUAAAUGCUAAAGUCAGCAGUAACAACUAUUACAUCUCACCGCUGUAUAACAACCUUCUGCAUUCCACCAACGACUUUUACAACACCCUCUCAGACGCACUAAACGGCACAUUCACUGAGUCAAAUAUAAGUUUCAGGAGCGCCUACACCAUUUUCGACUAUUUCAACUUCGCCAAGAUCCACAACACAACUGACAUCCUCACAAACGACCAACUGCACCGUCUCUUCCUCCUAGCCAACAUUGAGCAAUAUAAUCUAGCCUACAACUCAUCUGACACAGUCCGCGCCAUUGCAGGCUCGCAACUCGCUGGAGAAAUACUUGAAGCUCUCAAUGAAACGAUUACUAGCCAAGGGCAAAAAAAAUUGAAUAUUCAAUUCGGCUCCUACGGAACAUUUCUCUCGUACUUCGGGCUGGCCGAACUGCCGACAGCAAACGUUAACUUCACCGGAAUCCCAGACUACGCUUCUUCCAUGGCCUGGGAACUAGUCACCAACUCGACCACCGACAGAUUCCCAGAUGCGUCCGAGAUCAACGUCCGUUUUAUCUUCCACAACGGAACAGCCACCGGCUCAGGCCAUCCUCGGGAGUACCCUCUGUACGGACAGACGAGCAACACUAUUCCCUGGUCUAUGUUCGCGGCAGAGACGAAGAAAAUCGCUGUUAUUUCUAACGAAGAGUGGUGUAAAGCAUGCGGUAAUAGCGAUGGCAAGUGCGCGUCAGUUUCCUCUUCUAACUCGGGCUCAGGCUAUGCAGGAUCUGGCUCGAAGAGCAAUGGUGGUAUGUCCAGGCCUGUGGCAGGCGUUAUUGGUGCUAUGGUUGCGCUUGUGGUAAUCUUUGGUCUGGAGGCGCUCUUCCUUCUUCUGGGUGGUUUCAGAAUUACCAAGAAGUGCAAUGCCCAUGCUGAAGGUCAUACUUCAGUCGUUACGGAGACCAAAUCUACUGCCUAG